AGUGAACAUGGAAGCGUGAGAAACGCACUAAGAAAAAGAAACUCCAAAAGCCAGCCUGCUAACCUAACUUUUUCCUUUUACAAAAAUCAAAUCAUCAAAAAUCAAACGAGAAAAAAAAUAAACCCCAAUGGCUUUCAACAACAAACCCAAGAAACAAAACUCCAUUAACCUCUGCACCACUCUGUUCUUCAUCACCCUCUUCACCAUACCUGCUUUCUUCCUCCUCCAUACUCCCAUCUCCAUCUCCACAACUUUCACCAAACCUCUUCUCCAUAAAUUGUGGUCAGGAGAUCUCCGCCAUGCCCAUUUCGCAUGGAAUCGUCUAAGUUUUCCCCAAACACACCCGCCCAUCUCGCUCAAAAUCGCUGUAUUCUCCAGAAAAUGGCCCCUCACCACCAGUCCUGGUGGCAUGGAGCGCCACGCUUACACCUUGCACACAGCUUUAGCUCGCAGAGGACAUCGGAUUCAUGUCUUUACUUCCCCUGUCGAUGAAAUCGAAUCCCCAUCAUCCAUUUCUCCUGCCAAUAAUCCCUAUCCACGGCUUCAUUUCCACCAAGGUGAAUUGGGUAAGUGGAGAUAUAACAAAGCCUGGGAGCAAUUCGGGGAAGAAAACCAACGGCAACCAUUUGAUGUGGUCCACUCAGAAAGUGUUGCUCUUCCUCACUGGGUAGCCCGUAAUGUCGCCAAUCUUGCGGUUUCGUGGCAUGGAAUAGCCCUUGAGAGUUUACACUCGAGUAUUUACCAGGACCUGGCUCGAAAUCCAGAUGAAACCAUCUCCCCAGAAUUCAACAAGAGCUUAUAUGGAGCUGUACCAAAAGUGUUGAACGAGAUAAGGUUUUUCAACAACUAUGCACAUCAUGUGGCAAUAAGCGAUAGCUGCGGCGAGAUGUUAAGAGACGUCUACCAGAUCCCGGUCAAAAGGGUCCAUGUAAUCCUCAACGGAGUCGACGAAAACGAGUUUGCAGAAGAUAAAAAGUUAGGACGCGACUUCAGAUCCAAGCUUGGUAUCUCGAAGAAUACAAGCUUAGUUCUUGGGAUCGCCGGAAGAUUGGUGAAAGACAAAGGACACCCGUUGCUUUACGAAGCUUUCUCCAAGUUGCUAAGGAAGUAUGAUGAUGUGUUCUUGAUUGUUGCGGGGUCAGGGCCAUGGCAGCAGAGAUACAGAGAUCUAGGUCCGCAGGUUGUGGUGUUGGGUUCUGUAUCUCCAUCUCAACUGAAAGCAUUCUACAAUGCGAUUGACAUCUUCGUCAACCCGACGCUCAGGCCACAAGGCUUGGAUCUGACGCUAAUGGAGGCGAUGAUGAGUGGAAAGCCAGUGAUGGCAUCAAGGUUUCCAAGCAUAAAGGGCAGUAUUGUGGUUGAUGAUGAGUUCGGAUACAUGUUUUCUCCUAACGUAAAGUCGUUAAUGGAGGCUUUAGGGGAGGUUGUGAGAGAUGGGACGGCAAGACUUGCAGAGAGAGGGAAGGCCUGCCGCAGGUAUGCGGUUUCUAUGUUUACGGCCAACAAAAUGGCUUUAGCGUAUGAGAGAUUAUUUCUUUGUAUCAAAAACGAAGCCUUUUGCUCCUAUCCUUAAUUUUAAUUGCUAUGUACACAGAUAUUUUUAUUUCUA